AGAAGCCAACAAAGUCCUGAGACGAGACUAGCAGGCUCCCAUCUCCUCGUUCUCUCCUGUUCCGUUGACCUUUUGCCUCUCUUCUGAGACAUGCUUAAGGGAAACUCGGAGAACAGAAUUGCAAGCCCAGGAGCUCUCUGGUUCCCGGGGGUGAAAAUGGAAGGCUUCGAAGUGGCGCCUCCAUCGGCGAGAGCGCGAGAGAUAGCCAGGAGCCGAGAAGAGCUCCUCGGUCUCCUGCGAGACCUCCCGGAGUCGGAGUAUGAGCUCUCGCUCACCGACCUCGUCGAGAAAGGAUCGGUCGCUAAUAAUUCAGCUGCGAAGGACAAGAAUUCGCCGGAAGGAGAACGCGACCGAGCAUCAUCUGCUGUGAAGGAGAGAAAGAAGAGGAGGAACAGCAGGGGCAGCUGCGGCAGCAGCAGUGAUGGAGUGCUUCUAAAUUUCUAUGUCCCGGCUUCCUUGACCCGGAGCCUCACCGCACCAAGAUCAUCAAGCCGUGCCAGCCGUGUGGCGGCUCAUGGUCAUAUGGACAUCACGGACUGCAACAAAAGGGACAGGGAACCCACCACGCUCGGAUGUUGGUCGGCUUUCUGGGAGAGAGGGCGUGGGAAGUUCCGGCGACAGGCGUUGGAAAGAACGAGAUGAGACGAGAUGUCACUUGCUUCCUUCGUUCUUUUCCCUCUGGAACUCUGGUUGCUCUCUGGGCUCGUGUUGAUGCCAUCGGGCCUUGAGUUGGGUUGGCAAUUAACUAGGCUAUGCCUUGACCUUUCAUGACUUCCUAUGUUUGUGCGUCUGUAAAUUAUGAUUUCUAGCUCAAAUAGGAUGGACUGACAGAGAACUUCGCCAACUUUGUUAUAUUUUUUUAAUAGUAGUAUUCAGCAUCUGUGAUUGAUACAGGAGUAAUCAUGGAUGGCUGUGAUAUUCUAUCUGAUCGAUUAUUAUUAUUAUUUAUUUGACUUGGCAAGAAA